UUUGUGUUGACGUAAAAUUCUGAGCGAGACUCCGUCGUUCUUUUCACUUGUGUGCGCCAUCGUUGGCGUAUCGAAGUUUUUUGUCCGCCCCGAGAAAAUCUUCAAACAUCCAAAAUGGUGAAUUUUACCGUAGACGAGAUCCGUGGCAUGAUGGACAAAAAGCGGAACAUCCGUAAUAUGUCGGUCAUUGCUCACGUCGAUCAUGGAAAAUCGACUUUGACCGAUUCCCUUGUAUCCAAAGCUGGAAUCAUUGCUGGAGCCAAAGCUGGUGAGACUAGAUUUACGGAUACCAGAAAGGAUGAACAGGAACGGUGCAUUACCAUCAAAUCUACCGCCAUCUCCAUGUACUUUGAACUGGAAGACAAGGACUUGGUCUUCAUCACCAGUCCCGAUCAGCGCGAAAAAGACGGCAAAGGUUUCUUGAUCAAUUUGAUCGACUCGCCCGGUCACGUCGAUUUCUCGUCGGAAGUGACCGCCGCCCUUCGGGUCACCGACGGCGCCCUCGUCGUCGUCGACUGCGUGUCCGGUGUCUGUGUCCAGACCGAGACCGUUUUACGUCAAGCCAUCGCCGAACGGAUCAAGCCGAUCUUGUUCAUGAACAAAAUGGACCGCGCCCUAUUGGAGCUCCAGCUCGAUUCCGAGGAACUUUUCCAAACUUUCCAGAGGAUCGUCGAAAACGUCAACGUCAUCAUCGCCACCUACAACGAUGACAGCGGACCGAUGGGAGAAGUUCGGGUUGACCCUAGCAAGGGUUCAGUGGGCUUCGGCUCGGGCCUGCACGGCUGGGCCUUCACCCUCAAACAAUUCGCCGAAAUGUACGCGGAAAAAUUCAAAAUCGACGUCGUCAAACUAAUGAACCGCCUGUGGGGCGAGAGCUUCUUCAACGGCAAAACGAAAAAGUGGACGAAACAAAAGGACGCGGACAACAAACGUUCCUUCUGCAUGUACAUCCUGGACCCCAUCUACAAAAUCUUCGACGCCAUCAUGAACUACAAAAAAGAAGAAUACGAAGCCUUGAUUCCAAAAUUGGGCAUCCAAUUGAAACACGAAGACAAAGACAAGGACGGCAAACAAUUAUUGAAAGUCGUUAUGAGGACUUGGUUGCCAGCCGGCGAAGCCCUACUUCAAAUGAUUGCCAUUCACUUACCCUCCCCUGUCACUGCUCAGAAAUACCGUAUGGAAAUGUUGUACGAAGGACCUCACGACGACGAAGCCGCCAUCGGUAUUAAAACUUGCGACCCCAACGCGCCGCUAAUGAUGUACAUUUCCAAAAUGGUCCCCACCUCCGACAAGGGCCGUUUCUACGCUUUCGGUCGUGUAUUUUCGGGCAAAGUCGCCACCGGUCAAAAGGCCAGAAUCAUGGGACCCAACUACACCCCUGGCAAAAAGGAAGAUUUGUACGAAAAGGCUAUCCAGAGGACGAUUCUGAUGAUGGGCAGAUAUGUCGAAGCUAUCGAGGAUGUGCCGUCUGGAAAUAUUUGCGGUUUGGUCGGUGUUGAUCAAUUUUUGGUUAAAACUGGUACCAUUACUACGUUCAAAGAUGCUCACAAUUUGAAGGUUAUGAAGUUCAGUGUGUCGCCCGUUGUCAGGGUGGCCGUCGAGCCCAAGAACCCAGCCGAUUUGCCCAAACUGGUCGAAGGAUUGAAACGUCUGGCCAAAUCCGACCCUAUGGUGCAGUGCAUCAUCGAAGAAUCCGGCGAGCACAUCAUUGCCGGAGCCGGUGAGCUUCACUUGGAAAUUUGCCUGAAAGAUUUGGAAGACGACCACGCCUGCAUUCCGAUCAAAAAGUCCGACCCGGUCGUCUCCUACCGUGAAACCGUCAGCGAAGAGUCCGACCAGAUGUGCCUGUCGAAAUCGCCCAACAAACACAACAGAUUGUUCAUGAAAGCGCAACCGAUGCCCGACGGCUUGGCCGAAGACAUCGACGACGGCAAAGUCAAUCCCCGUGACGAAUUCAAAGCGCGUGCGCGUUACCUUGGCGAAAAGUACGACUAUGACGUCACCGAAGCGAGAAAAAUCUGGUGUUUCGGCCCGGACGGCACUGGACCCAACAUCCUCGUCGACUGUACGAAGGGAGUCCAAUACUUGAACGAAAUCAAAGAUUCGGUCGUCGCCGGGUUCCAGUGGGCGACCAAAGAGGGCGUGUUGUCCGAGGAGAAUUUGCGCGGCGUCCGCUUCAACAUUUUCGAUGUCACUUUGCACGCUGACGCCAUCCACAGGGGCGGCGGUCAAAUUAUUCCCACCACUCGUCGUUGUUUGUACGCGUGUCUGUUGACGGCCGCGCCCAGACUUAUGGAGCCCGUUUACCAGUGUGAAAUUCAGUGUCCCGAAGUAGCCGUCGGCGGUAUCUACGGAGUGUUGAACAGAAGAAGAGGGCACGUUUUCGAAGAAAUGCAGGUGGCCGGUACGCCCAUGUUCGUCGUCAAAGCCUACUUGCCCGUCAACGAGUCGUUCGGUUUCACUGCCGACCUUAGGUCCAACACAGGAGGGCAGGCCUUCCCGCAAUGUGUGUUCGACCAUUGGCAAAUUCUUCCCGGAGACCCGCUCGACGCCGGCACCAGGCCUUUUGCCGUUGUACAAGAAACUCGUAAAAGGAAAGGACUUAAAGAAGGUCUUCCCGACCUCCAGUCCUACUUGGACAAGUUGUAAACGACUUUCCAGUUUUCUUUUUUUUUUUGUACAGAAAAACCUUAUUUAAUUAUUUCAAUUAAUAAAAAACCGAUUAAAUUUAAUUUCAAAAUAAUUUUUUAUUUUAUUUAAUUUUUUUUUGGUUGGACAUAUUUUUUUAUUAAUAAUUAGUUUAUAAUAAUCAAUGUAAUUUAAUCAAUAAAUUACAAAGUAAAUAAUUUAAAACAAGAAUUUUGUCUUUUUUUGUCUAGAACAACAGUACUGAUUAAAUUAAGUUUUUG